AACUGGUCUCCUCCCGCCACCACUAGGUUCAAGUCGUUGAGCUCAAGUCAUGGCACGACGAGCAGCUUGUCUCUUCGUCGCUUUGCUCCCGACAGCCGCGCAUGCAUUUUCUAACACAUAUCCGAUAGUUGCAUGGUCAUCGUACAGUUCGAACACCCUCGACUCUGCGUCGUCAUCGCGGUCGGCAGAUUCAGGAGUCGUCUUGGAGAGAAUUCUAUUGAAUGAUGAUGUUUGUCGAAACGAUGCUAUUGUGCUGAUUGAUCAGUUGGGUCUACACGCAUCGGACCUCCGCAAUCUCCCUUCAUCAAGCUCAUUAGUAGAGUCCCUCAAUGUUGCUGCGUCUACUUUGGAGCUUCCAUAUAUGCCUCAAAUCAACUCGCCUCCUUUCUCUGAGCUUGCAAGCGCGGUUGCCGAACGCUGUGCCGCGCGACUGGUCUCGCAUGAAGCCGGACAGACAGAGGUCGUACACAGUGGAGAGGGGAAACACGUUGUCUGCAUUGGGAUGCCUUCGCUUGAUGGAGUGGACGGUGAGCAGAGGAAGGGAAUGAUGGUUGAGCACGAACUCCAGCUCUCAUCCUCACUUGCCUCACUCGCGAAGUCCUUCCCAAAGCAUCUCGUCGUUUACGCGGGCUGGCAUCCCGCCGUGCAUACUCGCCAGCUUCCUUCUCCCUUCUCGUCCACGUCAUCCUUGCUCAACUCGACUGCUGCGUUCGCUCCACCUUCCGGCGGCAUCCUCGCGCGCUAUCAGCUGCUUACGCCCGGCCUCAUCCUCUCAUUACUUAUUGGCUUUUUCGUGCUUGUGCCGACGGUGAUGUUUGGUGUAUCGGCGCUCGCGGGGAUCAAGUCGCCGCUGCAAGGCGAGCCGCCAAAGGGCUUCAUUGCAUCUGAGAAGAAGAACCAGUAAGGUCUGCGGGAAAGCGGCAGCUGCAUUGAAGAGUUAGAGUAUGACUCGGAUAGGAUGCGCAGUUCACAGACGUGCCUGUCAUAUGUAUAUAUAUCACGUUUGUUCUCAGAAGUACGCGUGGAAGAUGUGGCCCAUAUCAUUUUUUGGGUCUUCCGUCCGUCCGAAUGCCCUCCUCAGAGUCCUCGG